CUCCCUUUGGGUCGUCCAGGCCAUUGGUCAAGAAACUCUAGCUAACCAAGAAGGCUCCUCCUCCCGGAACCACCUCCAAGUCUCCCGCUAAGGGGAGGGGCCAGGUCCCUGCUGCCGCAGAGAGCAUGCCCCCGCCUCCACCGCGACCUCCGGUCCCUACUCGGGAACUGGAGGCACCAUCUGGAACCCCGCCAGCUCCCACUCCCACCGUGCGCAUCCCGGUUAACACUCAGGCCCUAGAGAAAAUCCCCGAGGCCUUCCGAGGGACGGUUUACAAGACUGCGAGCUAUACGGUGGAUCAUUACUACAAUGCCACCCCAAGGGACUUGCAGGAGAUUGAGACGAGGAGCCCCGAGAAUGUUAUGGAGUCUUCACUGGGGAUGACCCUCACGGCGGCUUUGGCUCUACACCGCAGCAUAGCUCGGUCCAGGGCCAGGUUUGAUGAGAUCAAGGGCGAGUUCCAGACUGCUCAGGCCGCUCUCGUAUCUGCACAACAGCAAGAGCGAUGCCAAGGCUGCCCUGACGGAUGUCAAGGAAAGUGAAAAGGCCGUGCAGGUCGCCUUGGUCGCUACGAAGGUCGGUCUGGAGGUGAUCCAGGCUAAGCAAUUGGAGGCUGAGGCUACACAGGUCGCCUUGGCUGCCGCGAAGGUCGAGCUUGAGGAGGCCAAGGCCGCCCUUGUGGCAGAGAGGGCAUCUUCCAGCUCCUCCAUGGAGGCCAUGCUUUAUCAUUGCUGGGCCUUCAACCAGGAUGGCGAUUUCUCCUUCCUAGCGCCCGAGGUGUGGGAGCCCUUCCUCAAGAAGUUCAAGGCUCGUCUUCAACAGGAGGUUUCCUAUGAGACUGGGGAGACUUCCGCUGUAGGCGAGCAGGAGACCGAUGGGUGACCUCAUCGGAGCGGCCUGGGGGGCCCAGGACUUUUGUUCUUUUUUUUUUUUAUUUACUUGUAAUCUUUUAUCAUGAGGUUUUUUCUCUUCGAGACAAUCAAUUUUCCUGAAUUUUAUUUUCAUCUAUGUUUAUCAUUAUUGUUAUUCAUUUUCAGCGCAUUUGGUAAAAACUUAGUUCGCGUUAGUUCACUGACUUUUUCUUUAAAAACACAAAGCACUUAGUCAAUUAACUAACUUCUAAGUUUCGAGAC